AUGUCGCCAGCAACGACUCUGCCCUCAGAAAUCUUGAUGAAGAUACUCGAAAACUACCCUCAGUCGCACAUCGACAUUUCGAAUUUCUGCCUCGUUCACAGGACGUGGUAUCCUAUCGCGCAGGCAAUACUCUUUCGUCACUGUUCAGUGAGACUAGGAGAACACGAUGCCCCCCGAUUCUUCGAAGCGCUUGUUCAAUACCCUCAUAUAUACCCUCUGAUUCGGUCGCUUGACUUCCGAAGCUUGUCUGCGGCGCUGUUGGAAACGUUCCAGGCUCUUGGUCCCUCCAGCAGCGUCUCGACCUUGCUUCUUCGCAGCCAUCGGAUAGAUGCAGAACAGCGAAAUAUCCUUAUCAGAUCUUUCCCUCAGUUAGAGAAACUUUCCCUCACCCAUUCUACUUCGCUCGGCGGUUUCAGUGGCCUUGUUCACCUGAUAUCCUCUUUCCCGAAACUGAGGGAUCUCAAUUUGACCGAUGUUUCUUGUCGCUCAAAUCAGAAAGAAGCGACGUACCCAGACAUCGGCACCAAGCCAUCGUUGCGAGCAUUCCACUGUCAUCUCGGCCUUCGCGUUAUGGAUGAUCUACUGGGAUGGAUGAUGUCCCAUAGUCCAUUGCCGCCAAUAAGCUCCGUAUACCUGGCGUCCUACGAUACUUACGAAGACCUCCCCGAUGUUGUCCCAAGCUUCCUAGCAAGUCUACCAACCCUGAAAAGCGCAUGGGUAAGCCUCAGUACUAUGUGGGAUCCGCCGCCAUUAACUUUCUCUGAAAACCCGCAACUCGAAACCAUCAGGCUCGACUUUGACCUUCAUGCCUUGAACCCCUCGAAAUGGAUUCCCUUCCUCUCGACAGUCUUCUCGUCCGUGUCCUCGGUCCUUAUGAAAACUAUCGUGGUUACCAUGCGGUUGAGCGGUGGAUGUGCACCGAACUUCGACUGGGCGGCUCUCGGGCGUGUCUUGAGUUCGCCGAUAUUCACGAAUCUCCGUACGGUUUACAUAACAUGCAGCAAUCCAUACGUCCUUGAAGAGCCGCCGUAUGUCGGAGACUUGGAGGAUAACAUCUGUGAGGCGUUGGCGCAUCUCGUCGCCAGGGAUAUCCUGACCGUCAGAGUCCAAGUUUAA